AUGCAAGAAGCUCACGGAAUUCUUCAACAAAAGGAUCAUGCAACUUCAAAAUCACACAUUAGUGCUAUUACUGAUUCUGAAAUAUUUCAAGAGAAUUUACUGCAUACAGAUAGAGCGGUACCAGUACUUCUAGAGAAGAAGAAAAUGGAGAUGAUACGUGAAAACCGAGAAAUAUUGUCAUGUAUUGUUGAGGCAAUUGUCUUUUGUGGGAGGCAGUGUAUUGCCUUAAGGGGAGAGGUAGAAGCAGAUGACCAGCCAGGAAACCCAGGAAAUUUUCUGGCAAUACUUAAGCUAAUGAGUAGAGACAAUGAAGUUCUAAACCAUCAUCUUAAGGAUGCAAGGCAAAAGAAUGGUAAAUACAUAUCUCCCGACAUUCAGAAUCAGUUGAUAAACAUAAUUGGUGAAGACAUCCUACAAGCAAAACUUAUUGAUGAAGUUAGACAAGCUAAACUCUAUUCCAUUAUGGCUGAUGAGAUAACAAUGCACAACAAAGAACAGUUAUCGAUAUGCCUCAGGUUUGUUGACAAUGAAAAUAAUGUCCGUGAAGAAUUCUUCGGAUUUGUCUCUGUGAUCAGAAUUACUGGAGAAGCCUUGGCAUGUACAGUUAACAACAUUAAGAAACGCAGGCCUACCUGUCGAAAACCUAAGAGGACAAGGUUAUGA